AUGGGUGGCGGUGGCGGUGGCGGUGCACAGAGUAGGGAGUUAGAUCAAACUCCGACAUGGGCCGUUGCCGCUGUUUGUGCAGUCAUCAUUCUUAUUUCCAUCAUAUUGGAAAAGGUUCUUCACAUGGUUGGAGAGCUAUUUCAAAAAAGGAAAAAGAAAGCACUGUUUGAAGCGCUUGAGAAAGUUAAAGGCGAGCUUAUGGUUUUAGGAUUCAUUUCUUUGCUCUUAACAUUCGGACAAAAUUAUAUUGCUAAAGUUUGCAUACCCUCAAAGUAUGCAAAUACUAUGUUACCAUGCCCUUAUAGAGGGGCUUCACCUAAAAGCUCCCACUCCCACGGCAUCGAGCCCAAAGAUGCAGAUGAAGAGACUUUGGAUCACCAUCGUAGGCUUCUUUGGUACGAGCAUCGACGUUUGGCUGGCAGUGGUCCCGUAGAAGGUUGCAAACCAGGGUAUACACAACUUAUAUCUCUAAAUGGUUUGCAUCAAAUACAUAUCUUCAUCUUCUUUCUAGCUGUCCUCCAUGUUGUAUUUAGCGGCAUAACGAUGACUCUUGGAAGAUUGAAAAUUCGUGGAUGGAAGGUAUGGGAAAGACAGACAGAACAAGAACAUGAUGCCAUGAACGAUCCUACAAGGUUCAGACUUACUCACGAGACAUCGUUUGUAAGAGAUCACAGCAGUUUCUGGACCAAAACACCCCUCUCCUUUUACUUUGUAUGCUUCUGGAGGCAAUUCUUCAGGUCCGUUAGUCGGGCAGAUUACUUGUCCCUCAGACAUGGUUUUGUCACUGUUCAUUUAGCCCCUGGGAGUAAAUUUGACUUUCAGAAGUACAUCAAAAGGUCAUUAGAAGAUGACUUUAAGGUGGUUGUGGGAAUCAGUCCUCUACUAUGGGCAUCAAUGGUGCUUUUUCUGCUUCUCAAUGUUAGUGGGUGGCAGGUUAUGUUUUGGUUGUCCAUAUUCCCACUAGUGGUGAUCUUAGCCGUUGGAACAAAGCUGCAAGGAAUUAUAACGCAAAUGGCUCUUGAAAUCAAGGAAAGGCAUGCAGUGGUUCAAGGGAUUCCCCUCGUCCAAGUCUCUGAUAGACACUUCUGGUUCAGUUGGCCGGUUUUGGUUCUUUAUCUCAUCCAUUAUGUCCUCUUCCAGAAUGCAUUUGAGAUUACAUAUUUCUUUUGGAUAUGGUAUGAAUUUGGGUUGAGAUCAUGCUUUCACGACAAUUUUGAUCUUAUUAUUGUCAGAGUUGCCCUUGGGGUUGGAGUCCAGAUUUUGUGCAGCUAUAUUACACUCCCAUUAUAUGCUCUCGUCACUCAGAUGGGGUCAACAAUGAAGAAAUCCAUAUUUGAUGAACAAACUUCAAAAGCAUUGAAGCAAUGGCAUAGAAGUGCUUUGAAGAAAAAGAACGAAGGGGGAAAGCCUGAUCCACCGCCGACGCGAACUUUAGGCGGCGGCAGUGGUGGAAGAAGCCCUCCCGAGUCACCGAUGCAAUCCUCCCAUGAAUUCCAACAUCAAUCGGUCCCUCAACCGUCACCAACCGACGUCGAAGCCUCCGCCGUCCCUUCAGCCGACAUUAUGGCCACCAUUGAUCUUCAGCAACAACAAAACUAUGCUAAUCGUGACUUGUUGAGUUGAUAAAGGGGGAAAAAAAAGUCUUUAUUCUUUUGUGAAAAUGUUAUGAGCCAAGAAAUUUAUCACGAGGGAUCUGGUUUGUAUAUUACAUAAGAAAUUGGAGGUCUCACCAUUGAAAAGAUUUGGCUGUUGUAAUGCUUUUUUUUUUUUGUAAAUCAUUGUGAGCUCAAGUGGCUUGGCAUG